AUGGCGGAGCCGGCUCCGGUAAGGAUGACGUUUGAUGAUGUGGCCUUAUAUUUUUCGGAGCAAGAGUGGGAGAUCCUGGAGAAGUGGCAGAAGGAAAUGUAUCAGCAAGUGAUGAAGACCAAUUAUGAGACUCUUGAUUCCCUGGGUGGCGUUUUUUCCAAGCCAGAUUUGAUCUCCUGGAUAGAACAAGGGAAAAUGCUGUUAAUCAGAGACCAGGGACCCUUGGAGAAAAACAUAACACUUAGCCCUUCUACUGAUGAGCAGUGGGACUUGCAGAAGACCGGAAAGUUGCCGUAUUUUGGUGACCAAGGAACUCUCAGGGCAAAAGAGGAGGAAGGCCAUUUAAAUGGUCUCCUAAAGCAGGGUUCAUGUGCUACCUUACCAGGGGAGGAAAGAAAGAUCUUAUCAGAUCAAAGAGCAACCUUACAGCAUCCAAGUCUCCAAGAAAUAGGGAUUGUACAUAAAAACCUUGACCUCAGAGCAUCUAAUCAGGAUAACAGCAAUCCAUGGCAUAAGCUGAUAGGUACUCCAGGUCACUUGGAAAUUCCACCAGGACCAAGAUUUUAUUCCUGCUUUGUCUGUGGGAAGGUCUUUCAGCUAAAAAGGGACUUGGUAAAGCACAAAAGAAACCACGCUAAGACUCAGCCCUGUAAAUAUUCAAAGCACAAAAACAAAUCCAGAGGGAACCCUGAACUCAGGUGGAACCGGAUGAUCCUGUGUAAGAAGAAGCGUUUCCAGUGUGGCAAGUGUGAGAAGAGCUACUAUCUCAAAUGCAGCCUGAUCACUCACCACCAGGUUGUUCACAUGGGGCAGCGGCCCUUUCCCUGCCCUGAAUGUGACAAGACCUUCCAGUGUAAAGCCACAUUGAAGAAGCAUCUGUGUUUGCACAAAAGGGAGAAACCAUUUUCUUGUGAGCAGUGUGGCAAGGGUUUCACCCAGCAAUGCAAGCUCACUGAGCACCUCAGGGUGCACACUGGGGAGAAGCCUUUCCAAUGUCCAGAGUGCAACAGAGGCUUCCGCCAGCAGAGAAGUUUGAAGGCCCAUCUUUGCCAACACAAUGAGAAGAAGCCCUUCCAUUGUCCAGAAUGUGGCAGAAGCUUCUCCCGGAAGGCUGCCGUGAAGGCCCACCAGAGGAUACACAGUGGAGAGAAGCCGUUUUCUUGUGACGAGUGUGGUAGGAAAUUCACACACAAGACGAAACUCACUGAACAUAUCAGAGUUCAUACGGGAGAGAAGCCCUUCCAGUGUCCCGAAUGUAAGAAAAGUUUCCGCCUAAAGAGGAGCCUAAAAGCCCAUCUGUUUCAGCACAGUGGGAAGAAACCCUUCCAGUGUCCAGAGUGUGACAGGAGCUUCUCUUGGAAGAAUGCCAUGAAGGCCCACCAGCGUUUACAUAGUGAGGAGAAGCCAUUCUCCUGUGGGGAGUGUGGCAAGAGGUUCACCCGGCCCUCUAAGCUCACUCGCCAUAGCAGAGUCCACAACAGGCAAAAGGAAUUCUCCUGUGAUGAGUGCAAAAAGACCUUUCCUCGGCAAUCGAGGCUCACGGAGCACCGCAAGGUCCACACCAAAGAAAAGCCAUUCUCCUGUUCCGAGUGCAGCCGGAGCUUCAGCCGACACUCGCACCUCACUGAGCACAUGAGACUUCACAGUGGGGAGGAGCCUUUCCAGUGUCCUGAGUGUGACAAGAGCUUCUUCUGGAAGGCCUCCAUGAAAUUCCACCAGCGGAUACACAGGGGGGAGAAGCCCUUUGCAUGUGGCGAGUGUGGUAAGACCUAUACUCAGCAGUCUCAGCUCACUGAACAUAAGAGAAUCCACAGUGGAGAGAAACCCUUCCAGUGUCCUGAGUGCAAUAAAAGUUUCCGUCUCAAAGGAAAUUUGAAAAGCCACCUGCUCCAGCACAGUGACAAAAAACCAUUCUCCUGUGUUAAAUGUGGCAAAAGUUUCACUCAGCAGUACAGGCUCACUGAACAUAUUCGAGUCCAUAGUGGUGAGAAGCCCUUCCAGUGUCCCGAGUGUGACAAGAGCUACUGCAUAAGGGGAAGUUUGAAGGUCCACUUGCAUACACAUAGUGGAGAGAAGCCUUUCAGGUGCUCUGAAUGUGGCAAGGGGUUCCUCCAGAAGAGAAGUUUGAAGACCCAUCUGCACCAUCACAGAGGGGAGAGGCCUUUUUCUUGUGAUGAGUGUGGAAGGAGCUUUACGUACAUGGGGGCACUCAACACCCAUGUUGCGGUACAUGCCAGGGAACAGCCCUUCAGUGUCUAG